AGAGCGGAUGGGCCCUGCGCAUGCAAAAGCCCGCCUACUGCAACAACAGCAAACGUGAAACAGAGUCUUGAAACAUCCUUUGACGACCAAAGGAGGCCAUUUUCAUGUCAUAAUUUCGGAUAUUUUGAGGAAUGAUCUAGAACCUUACCCAUUCUGAAUUCCCACGUGUGUCCUCUCGUCUCCUCGCACGCGCGUUUCAUCUCAACUCAUAGAGGCAUGUAAGUGUGAAGUUUGAGGUCCCAGUCCUAUUUGACAAAAAUGAACAUCCAAGUUGCUGCUAGCCAGCCUGGGAUUUAUACCAAAAAUGUAUCUCAUUUGCGCCAUUUUCAUUCUAGACCAUGUACAUUACCGAUGGUGUUCAACCCUCUCUGUGUGACUUCCCUGAGCAUUGGAGCUAAACCGUCAUCUGUCCAGCAAUGUCUGCCUAUCCUUAAAUUUCGGCAACCUCUACACGUUUGUUUGGCUGGUGGACAAGGAAUGAUGGAAAAUAAUGGGGAUUCCCAGCGAAAAGCUCUUGAGAAAGCUAUGGAACAACUUAAGGGACAGUCAAUAGAGGAUAUGUUACGACAGCAAAUGCAAAAAGGAGGAAGUGGGGGCAAGCCUCCAGGAGGACGGGGUGGCGGCGGCAGUGGCAGCAGCCCUGGUGGAUCAGAUGAAGGAGGCUUUACUGGGAUGUCAGAUGAAACUCUUCAAAUUGUUUUAGCAACAGUUUGCUUUUUAUUUCUGUAUAUGUUUGUCAUCAAUGGCUUAGAACUUGCAAAGCUAACUAGGGACUUCAUCAAGUUUCUGUCUGGUGGAGGCCAAAGUGUUCGAUUAAAGCGAGCCACAUACAAGUGGGUACGAUUGUACAAGAAUAUCACAGAGAAGAAGGAAGUUGACAAGAAUGGGUUGGAGAAGAAGGCCCCCACAUGGUGGUUCAAUCCUGAUUUCUUCCGAGGUGUCCUUAGGCAUCACAUGAAAUCAAAUUCAGAUGAAUAAUUUUUCAUGAUUUUGUAUCCACUCAUAUAACCUAUUAUGUUUUUCUUUAGGACAAAAGGAGCACAUUCAAUAUCAUUCUUCGGUUGCUUGAUUCACAAAACACCAUUUGAGAGUAACUAGUUUAAGAAGAGGUUAAAUAAAAUUAUCGUAGUUUUUUGGCAUUAUUUAAAGGUCACGGACAAUCUAGUUGCAGGAUUGAUGAACAGGCGCAUCUUAGGUUUUGCAAGAUUAUUUGCUGUAAUUAUGCUGAUUUUUCUUGAAGUUAGUGUUUAUUAGCGCCCCCCCAGCAUUUCUUUUGUUU